CACGUGCCAAAUUGACAAUUUGGUUUGACAGCUACACCACAAAUUGAAAAUAUUUCAAAAACCGGCGAAUAAAUAAAUAUUUAAUCCCGAAAUAUUGGAUUUAGACUGCAGUCUACAUUGCUUACCUCAGUUGGAUGUGUAGAAGUGAAUGUAAUGUAGUGUCAUCACAUACUGCGAGCUUCUAUAUUGCACAAUAAUACCUUUCGUUACAUGGGCACUAGCGUAGCCUCAAAUGUUCCAAGAUGCCUGGUCAUUCUGCUUCCGACGAGGAUAAGCCUUGCCGGGCUUGUUCAGACUUCAAGACGUGGGCCAAAAAACAGAACAAAGUGACUUUCACAUCACCGAACAAACAGCCUAGUCCACGACCCAAAGACUGUCCCCUAGACAAGGAUGAGAUAGGUACAGCAACAUGGGGGUUCCUGCACUCUAUGGCAUCAUAUUACCCCAAAACGCCUACAAAUAAACAAUCAGAAGACAUGGCAAAAUUUUUCCAUAUCUUCGCACAGUUUUAUCCAUGUGAGCCAUGUGCACUGGAUUUCCAGGCAGACUUGAAAAAACAUCCACCAAGGACAGAAAGUCAAGAUGCCCUAGCAAAAUGGUUGUGUGAGCGUCACAACACAGUCAAUGUCAAACUUGGCAAGCCUGUGUUUGACUGCUCCAAGGUGCACGAGAGGUGGCGAGACGGCUGGCUGGACGGAUCUUGUGAUUAACAGUCGUCUUCACAGACUAAUGUCAAAUAUUGAUCAAUAAGUGUUCUAAUGUUGUUUACAUCUUGCUGUAAGUUUUGGGCCCACAAUUGUGAUAUUAUAGUUAAGUACUAUAUUUAUUUUAUACCUCAGUAAAAGAUGUACAAUAUAAAACUUUUUAUUUCCUUGUUAUAAUGCUGUAAAUACAAGCACUGAGAUGCUCUAACUCUAUGAAAUCGAUGUUGGAAUGAUUUAAUUUUGUAUUAUAUUGAAAUAUGUUUUGUUAAUGCCUUAUUGCAGUAUGAACACAUUUGUCUGUGAACACUAGUUAGUGAACAUUUGAGGCUCUGAGCCAAGUAUUAGAGAGUUGUAAGGAAUGUUAGUUCAGUGUUGUAGUCACUGGUGUAUUCAAGCAGUUUGUUGUAGUAUUGAAGCAAUUUGUGAUUUUCAUUCAUCAGGCCGCGUUUCCAUUGACGCGGAGCGGGGCGGAGAGGAGCGGUGAAGAGCGGUGAAAAGUGGUCAGUGUUUCCACUGACGCGGAGCUGGGCGGAGAAGAGCGGUGAAAAAUGGUCAACGGAGUCGAUUGAGGCGGAGCGGAGCAUACUUUUCGAAUCAUAUUGAGAGAUUGACCAUGUCUAAAUAUAAUCAAUAGACCUUUUAUCGCUCAAAUAUCGCAAUCGAUAUUUUUAUUUAGAGUUUAUUGUUUUUUUUAUAUGAUAUAUUAAACGAAAAAUAAAACAUAUUAUUUCCACCAUCUUUAACUAUAUUUGUACGUACAAAUAUAGUUAAUUUUGUCAUUAAUAAACGAUAUUUCGACAUGAAAAUAAAACUAAAAGAAAGUAUUUUCUCAAUUGAAAGUUAUGAUUUACUUAAAUAUCAAUUAUCAUUAACUUUGAGUAACGACUGUUUAAGAAAAUUCAAAACAUCAAUAUAACAUUGAAAAUAAAUAUAUUUUUUUUUGAUAAGUAAUUUGUUUCGUAGUAAUCGAUUUUAAGAAAAUCGAUUAAACAACACCCUCACCCACGCUACUUGGACAUCCCUUUUUGGUUACUUCGUGAAUCUUCGUGCUUAUUCGGCAAUACUCGGUACUCGGUUAUAUGUCUCUGUCACACGUUAGCAUUGGCGUAUAGACGCGCCACUACGUUGACGGUACUGUACCGUCCCGCUCCGCACGGCGCUGCUCCGCACCGCCCCGCUGUUCUCCGCACAGCACCGCCCCGCUGUCCUCCGCACCGCAUCGUCUCACUAUAUAUUUGUAUGAAUAUCCGCUCAGCUCUGCUCCGCCCCGCUCAUGCUGUUUCCAUUGAAGCGGUGCGGAGAUUUUGAGCAUAGUGAUUGGUCAAUUCGUGCACCGCUAAGCUCCUCUCCGCCCCGCUCCGCGUCAAUGGAAACGCGGCCUUAGACAGAGUUCAAAUGGGUUUUUGUACAAUUGUAUAUGUGUCAAAGUGUACCUAAAUGUUGUUACUAUCUGUUAAUUUUAAUAUAUAAUAAUGACACACUCUAUUGAGUA